AUGGACGAGAUACCUUCGCACAGGGCAUGCGCCUCCUGCAGGACGCAGAAAGUCCGUUGCAUCCCAGACGAGAGCAAUCCAGAUCUCUGCCAGAGAUGUAUGCGAUCGGGCAGACCCUGCGUCUUCACGCCUCUGCAAAGGCGCAAACAGCGCAAGAGGACGGAUACAAGAGUCGCAGAGUUGGAGAAGGAGAUGAGGGCAAUGAGAUCGAUGCUCAAGCAGAAGGAAGAUGGCACAAGCUCGAGUAGUAGCGAGACGACCACAAGUACACAACCCGCUGGACUGUGGUUCGAAGACAGGAACCUGGAGGGCUCAAGGCCGGGUGGAGCAGGUCAACGAGGCAGCAAUGAGGAUGACAGUGCGAACGCUGCAACUACCAGCGUGGUCAGCGAUCAAAAUGAUGUGGCCAACCCUGAUCGCUUGGCGAACAGCGGACCAUAUCUCUGGCCCUACAGACUCCCUGAUGGCCCAAAGCAGGACAUGAAAGACGUCGUUGACAGUGGAAUGCUCUCAAUGGCUACUGCAAGACAGCUCUUCGAGACCUACAAGAACGAACUUUAUCCCCAUUAUCCGGUAGUCUAUGUUGCGCCUUCUGUGACUGCAGAUGAUCUCCGGUACACAAAACCUGCUCUUUUCCUUUCCAUUAUUGCUGCAGGAUCAGGCAAGGAAAACGAAGACCUCUCGGCCGCGCUUGAUAAGGAAGUCUUGCAAGCAUAUGCUACUCGCAGUCUCGUUCAAUCGCAAAAGAGCUUGGAGCUUGUGCAGGCACUCUUAAUCAGCGCUGUCUGGUACCAUCCUCCCAGCAAAUUUGGGCAACUAAAAUACUAUGAGUACAUUCAUAUGGCUGCAACGAUGGCAAUGGACAUCGGUAUUGGUUCAAGACGG